AUGUUUAAGUUUAUUAAAGCUAAGGGGCCGCACCAAACGGCCGAGCGACAGAAAUUACAAAAGGAACUUUAUUCAUAUAGAAGGACCCUCCAGCACGGCUUCCCGCACAAGCCGACAGCGCUCGCAUGGGACGCAUCGCUGCGCCUCGUCUGCCUCGGCACGGCGACGGGGGCGCUGAAGGUGUUCGGUCGACCGGGCGUCGAGUUCUACGGCCAGCACCAGACGCCAGUCGCCGUCACCAAGUGCGUCUUCCUGCCCGGCCAGGGACGCGUCGUGUCGCUGUGCGACGACAACUCCUUGCAUCUGUGGGAGAUCAUUUCGAAUUCGCAGGUGAACCGGAACUCGUUGGUAGAGGUCAAGUCGCAGGCGCUAGAAGGGAAAUUGAAGAAAAUAUCGACAAUGUGCUUGGAAAGUGCAGGGAAGCAUCUGUUGUUGGGCACCGAGGGUGGAAACAUAUAUUUGUUGGACCUGAAUACGUUCACGAUGACACCUGAUAUCAUUUAUCAGGAUGUGGUGAUGCAAAAUGUUCCACAAGAUUAUAAAUUGAAUCCGGGAGCUGUAGAAUCAAUUUUUGAGCAGCCGGACCACCCGGACAAUAUCCUGGUCGGCUACAAUAGGGGCCUCAUCGUGCUAUGGAAUAGGUCGGACAACACAGCUGUCAAAACUUUCAUAUCCAAUCAACAGUUGGAGUCCCUGUGUUGGAAAGAAGACGGAAGGCAUUUCCUUAGCUCUCACAAUGAUGGUAGCUAUAUGGAAUGGAACAUCGACCAAUCGGAGAAACCCUGCGGCGACCCCGUCACCGUGUACGGCCCUUACGCGUGCCGCGCUAUCCCGAAGAUCUGCACGAAGAACUUGAACGACGAGCCGCUCGUCGCCUUCUCGGGCGGCCUGCCUCGAGCGAACUACGCGGACAAAUAUUCCGUUUCUGUGAUACAUGGGGACAAACAUGUAGCCUUCGAUUUUACCAGUAAGGUAAUCGAUUUCAUUCUAAUAGAGUCCAAGACACAAGAAGACGACGAAGAAGAGAUAGACACCGAAGAACAAACUAGCGAAAACGAAGAGACCGUCACGGUCAAUGGAGGGGACGCGGGCAGGGGGGAACCGGAGGCUCUCAUCGUGCUCGCCGAAGAGGAACUGGUGGCCAUCGAUUUGCGAGACGACAAUUGGAAGAUGAUGAACUUGCCGUACCUGGUGUCGUUGCAUGCUUCCGCCAUCACCUGCAGUCAAUAUGUAUCAGGAAUCCCCGAGAAACUGUGGGGCCAGCUGAAAGACGCCGGCAAAGUGCAGACCGGCCAUCUUUACUCGCCCCGCCGGUGGCCGGUCGACGGCGGACGGCUGCUGUGCUCGAAGGGCGCCACGCCCAAACGGGAGCUGCUGCUGACCGGGCACGAGGACGGGGCGGUGCGCUUCUGGGACGCGGGCGGCGUUGCCCUCACGCCCAUCUACAAGUUCGGGACGGCGCAAUUCUUCGCCGGCGAUGAACCGGAAGAGGUGCACCCCGAUCCCGAGGACCUCGAGGAAGAGUGGCCGCCCUUCCGCAAGACCGGCGUCUUCGACCCGUACUCGGACGACCCGCGAUUGGCCGUCAAACGGGUGACGCUGUGUCCGCUGUCGGGCACGCUACUGGUGGGCGGCACGGCCGGGCAGGUCGUCGUUGCCAAGUUUGACACAGAGGUGCUCGACGGGCCGCUCAGGACGACGACGAUGGACAUCGUCAGCGACAGGGACGGGUUCGUGUGGAAAGGGCACGGGCGGCUGUCGCCCAAGCAAGGCGACAUCCACCAACCGCGCGGAUUCCAAGCCACCGCUGUCCUGCAGUUGCACCCGCCGGCCGCCGUCACCUGUUGCGUGCUGCACUCCGAUUGGGGCCUGGUGGCCGCCGGCACCGCACACGGGCUUGCCCUCCUAGACUACGUCAAGAACAAGCCCGUCAUGGUCAAGUGCACGCUCAAUCCGAACGAUCUGACCGGCGCCGGCGACACGCCCAUCUCCCGCCGCAAGUCCUUCAAGAAGUCCCUGCGCGAGUCCUUCCGCCGACUACGGCGCGGCCGGUCUACGCGGCGCCCCAAAGAGGACGGCAAGCAGCCGGCGUCGGCCGCGUCGCCGCCCGCCCGCCGGCUGCCCCCCGCCGGAGGCGACCCGGAGCCAUUCUCGCCGCUGGAGGCGAAGCCGGUCGAGCGGCAGAUCGAGGCGCGGCAGACGGACGACUCGAUGGGGUCGUUCGUGAGGUGUCUGUAUUUCGCGAGGACGUUUCUGGUCAAUGUACAAAACACGAACCCCACCUUGUGGGCGGGCACGAACAGCGGCACCGUGUACGCGUUCACCGUCUCCGUGCCGGCCACCUCGAAGCGCCAAUCGGACGACGUCGCCUGCCAGCUGGCCAAGGAGAUCCAGCUGAAACACCGCGCGCCCGUCAUCGCGAUCGCCGUGCUGGACGGGUCGCACCGGCCGCUGCCCGAGCCGCUCGAGGUGGAGAGGGGCGUGGCUCCGCUGCCCGACACGACGCAGACGCACCGCGUGGUGAUCGCCAGCGAGGAGCAGUUCAAGAUCUUCGCGCUGCCCUCGCUGAAGCCGUAUGGCAAGUACAAGCUGACCGCGCACGAAGGUGCGAGGGUAAGACGAAUGGCUUUUGCCAAUUUCACAUGUACUUUAGAAAAUACGACACAUUCCGAGGUCGACUUGCUCUGUUUAACCAACACUGGUGACUGUCUAGUUCUGACCAUUCCAGACCUCAAAAGGCAACUAAACGCAGCAGCUAUCAAACGAGAAGAUAUCAACGGCAUAUCGUCGUUGGUGUUCACGAAGGACGCGCAGGCCCUCUACCUGCACAGCUCCUCCGAGCUGCAGCGGUUCUCGCUGGCCGCCACCGGCAUCACGAUGGCGCGUUGCUACCUGUCGCUGCCGGCCGGCGCCCGGCCGGACGAGGAGGGCGACGGCGGGUCGGAGGAGGCGGGGGAGGGACGGACGGCCGCGGAGGGGGCGAGGAGAGAGGAAGCGGCGGCGGUGGUGAACGGCGGGGGCAGCAAGGAGGGCAGCGUCGCUGAAAAGUCAGAAGAGCGACGAUCGACCGGCGAACAGAACGACACCAACCUGCACAACGUAACAGUAUCCAGCAGCGUCGGCGACAUCACCAUCGACAGUGUCAAGGACCACCUGUCCGGCUCAGGUGAGGAUCUGAACGGGCGACUGGCGAACGCCAGGUCGAUCAAGGCGGCCGUGACCGCCGCCGCCGCCGAGAUGAACGGCAGCGAUCUAGAGGCGGCGGCGGAUAGCUCAGAGUUGGACAUUAUAGAGAGUCAGGAGGACCGCUCAGCAACAAAAUUAGAGGUUAGAGAAAUACAAGUGAGUGAUAUACUGCUCAGAGCCCCCAUAGCUCUGGCUGAAGAGGAUUCCUGA